AUGAACGUUUUAGUAAAAGGAGAACAUGAACACCGAGAACAGAUCCCUCGUGAUAUGCCUACAUACGAGCAGAUGGAGAGUGGACUUUGCGGUCGCGUCUCCCAGUGGCUAUGGUCUGGAUGGCGGGGUACGGCAUUCGAAGGUGCUUCCCCAGAUUUGCAAAAGCCAUACCAGCUGAAUCAUGGGGACUGUAAGGCCUGUCGUGAACAACAUACUACCUGUGAUCAUACACGACCUCAGUGCUCUCAUUGUUGGUCACAGCAGCUCUUGUGCUUCUAUGUGGACCCGAAACGGAGGAAACAGAAAAAUAUUCGGAAGGCAACUUUCAGUGAAGUGGAAACGAGUUCCGGGUUGAUCAAGGACACGACAGCGUGA